AUGAGUAGUACUGCUCCUCCCUCGGCCCACUCUGCCACAAAGAGCAAGGGACGAGUUGAACGGUCUGACGGCGAAGAAUGUGACCCGGAGGAAGAUAAAGCAGAAAUUAAACGACACAUCGCGGAAGUAGAAGGGUUGAUACGCGAGGGGUACGAGAAGUGGGGAUUGAGGCAGAUAAAGAAGGAAAAGAAGAAGGCGGAGAAGAGAGAAUCAAAGGAAAUAAGGGAGAAAAUCAAGGAGAGAAACAUGGAGUCCAAGAGGCUGUUGAAGAUGCAGAAGGAGGCGGACAAGGAGUGGAGGAGGGAGUUGAGGAAGGAGUCGAAGGAAGAGAGAAAGAGAGUAAAGGAGAAAGAAAAGGGGUUGAAGAAAGAGUUGAAGAUGGAGAAGAAGAUGGAGAAGAUGAAGAGGGAGUGGAAGCGGGAGAGACGCGGAGGGAGUUGGAGAACGGCGGAGGACAGCGAGCAAGAGGCCAGCAUCGCUUCGGACUGCGCCGUCUUCAAUUUGCGCCUAGAUUAA